UUAACAUUUGCAUGUGUGAAGACAGCAUAUAUCAGUCACGUAACACCAUACCGCAUGAUUUGAGAACACGGAACCGAAGACACGAAGCAUAACAUCUGAUCAGAUUUUUGUAACAGCGCCAUGGACGGAGAUACAAUGCAGCAAACAUCAACAGAAUCAAACCAGUGUUCAAGUUCAUGCACUGAGAGGCAGUCAAUUUUCCUCUGUAGCCACGCAACUUCACAGUGUUUUCAUGGAAACGGUAGCUCAGUUGAGGACGAAUCUGAGAUAUGGUACAGCGACAACGGAGAGGGCAGUGAAGAUGACGCACUUCCCCUCCAAGAUAAUAGCUCCGAUGAAGAGACAGUUCAGAGGUACGUGAAUUCGGCUACUCAGACCGAACCUAGAUCACACACAAGGCAGAGGCGAGUAGUUAAAAGAGCCGGGACAUCGACGCCAGCGUAUGAAACCUCUGGAACUGGUAGUGCCGAUGAAGAAAUCAGCCGAUCGUGGGUUGAAAUGGUAGAAGAACAAGAGAUAAUGGAGGAACUGAAUAAAAAAGGAGCUCACGAUCACAGACCUACGCAAAAUCUAAAUGGUUGUCGGCUGACAGAUUGCCAACAAGCCCGCCUAGCUUACCUGGUUAGUCGACACAAGUUUCCGAGCUGUAUCUGUUACCAUCUGAAGAAUAUCAUGUUACACUACCCCGCAUUGUUGGCUCAGUAUUGCGAGUUUUCCUUGAAUCAUUUUGCAAGUCAAACUCCAAUUGUGAUGAAACGAGCGCUUCUACGAUGGGAGAGCUACGAUCUCGACAAAUUUCGAAAUGGGUGGGAUCUUCUUCAUGUAUGUGUUCUACACGCUCUGCACGAACAGUGAAGAUGAGCUGAACUUUUUAUAAAUUUUUAAUGACAUCUUUUUUAUCAAUCUUUAACGACAUUACAUACAAUAAGUUUCAACAGCAAAUCGGCUGUAAUAACGUCGAUUUUCUCGUAUUUAUUAUUUAUUAAAAUAUGUUCAUAAUGGAUGAUGCGAUAAACAUUUUCUCCAGUGUUGCUGUUAAUUAAAUACAAUAUAUGCAAAUUA